CAAAACAUUCCCAGCAAACUCAACAGAGAAUUUUUCUUAAACUUUAUUGAUGUUUUAAAUCGACCCGAAAACACGGCGAUGUUCAAUCUCACAACAGAAUUUCCUCAUUUCAGACAUGUCUUUCACAAACCGGAUUUCAGAGACGAAACAUUGGGGAAACCGGUCGUUUUCGACAUGGAUAUGAGUGCCGGAGAUUUCAUGGCCUUGUUUUAUCUCCUCAAAGUGCCUGUCGAAAUGCUUGACCUUAAGGCAAUAUUAGUGAGUCCAACAGGUUGGGCCAAUGCUGCAACGAUCGAUAUCGUCUACGAUUUGCUGCAGAUGAUGGGGCGCGACGACAUUCCGGUCGGUCUCGGAGACGUAUUCGCAACGAACCAAUCUGACCAUUUUUUCCGCCCUGUUGGCGACUGUAAAUAUGCCAAGGCUAUCACACAUGGGAGUGGUGGACUUCUGGAUUCGGAUACCCUCUAUGGCCUUGCCUGGGACUUACCACGAAGUCCCAGAAGGUAUACAGCAGAAAAUUCGGUGAGAUUUGGAGCUCCAAGGGACACAGAUCACCCAGAAAUGAGACAACCCUUGGCAUUGGAAAUUUGGAAUUCAGUAUUUAAAACUAUGGAUCAUGGAACUAAAAUUACUGUACUGACAAAUGGACCGUUGACAAGUUUAGCCAAGAUUAUAACUCAAACAGAUACAGUUUCACUCAUACAGAAUGUGUAUAUUGUAGUUGGACAUAUCAACCAAAGUAGCCUUGACAAAGGCAAUGUCUUCACUAUUCCGAAUAAAUAUGCCGAAUUCAACAUGUUUCUCGAUCCGAUCGCUGCGAAAACAGUCUUCGAAUCCGGCUUAAACAUCACGCUCAUUCCGAUCGGCACUCAACACAAAGUCAGUCAGUUUGCCGAAGCCUUACAGUGGCUGCAGCAGACAAGUACUCCCGAGUCUCAGUUUGUGAAGCGCCUAUUGUCCAAGCUAUACGCUUUGAAGCAAACUCAUCACAGAUAUCACCAUAUGGAUAUAUUCUUCGGCGAAAUCCUCGGGGCUGUACUAAUGGAAGGAGAAGAUCCGAAACUGAAGUCCACCAUGGAAGAAAUGGCCAUCAAAGUUGUUGCAGAAGGCGAUGAAUCGAUUGAUGGGCAGAUUUUGAUUGAUGAAGAGCAAGGGAAAGUAGUUCGGAUAUUGAAAAACAUUGAUCCAAUGGCAUGUCAUGAACAAUUUGCAGAUAGAUUAGCUGUAAUAGGAAGCUAUGAUGAACAGAGAAAAAUGUGGAAUACACCACCAAUUAUAACUUGA